CAAUAUCAGUGAAGUGCAGAUAGGGCUGGCUGGCCCAGGGCUGCGCUGAGGAACCGAUAUCCGCUCGGUCAUACGAUCCAUAAUGUCUGGACGGUCUGGGGAGAUCUUCCAUCCCGAUCCUAUCCCUCAAAUUCCUACCUGCCCCGAGAAGCCGCUCGAUCUGCUCGCGGAGAUCGAACGAGAGUUGCCGUUUGUGUUGUUCCGACACGAACGACCAUCGCAACAGAAUCCCUGCUCCGAGAAAUUCCGAGACACCGAUUCGAUAAGGUUCCUGAAACAGAAUCGCCUAUCCUGGUGGAACAGUCCCACGUCAAGAUCUGACAUGGAUGAUCUCGAACCACCUCAGAAUAUCUAUGAAGUUGUUGAAGAAGAGUCCAAGGAUUCGAAGCCACACCACUAUGAAGACAUUCCCGAAGAGUUCUUCCUACGGAAACGACAGGAGCAGCCGCAGCAGGAAGUGCAUAAAGCUGUCGAUCUAGAAUCACGUUCCCCCGAGAGAGUGAAGCUUUCAGUGGCUACGAACCCGUUCCUGAACUCUAACUAUGAUAUCCCGAGUGUGCCGGAAGUAGACCUGUUCCUCCAGAGUCAGGUGCGUCGUAAAGUUCAUCCGACACCGUCCGCAUCUACGCUGUUUGACUCGCUCGGUUCCACAACAAACACUUACGACGUACCGUGUCGACCGGAAUCAGUUUCUGAUCGAUCGGAUUUCUUGUCGAUUCUGUCGGAAACUGUAUACGACAUUCCACUGUCAGUGCCCCCACCGUCGAGCCCACCACCCCCUCCGCCCCUCCAGGAGGAGCCCCCGAGGAUGCGGAGUCCUCCACCGGUGCCGAUGAGACCUUCGACGUCGCCUCAAAACAGACCGGAGCUGAGCCCGAAGACCAGACCGCCUCCAGUCCCUGCGCCCAGACAGAAAAUUCCUCCCCCUCUGCCGCCGAAGCAAGAAUCUACACCACCUCGAUCCCGACUAUCAGAGCACCGGAAGUUUUCCCUACAACCGACGCCGUCAGGAUCCCCGCCGAUCAAAGAAUCCCUUCUAAGGGAAAGCGGGACAUCUCUGACUUCUUGGUAUCUCGAUACAAACCAGAUCCGAAACUGUGAUAUUCCCCACAGAGAGCUUACGGGUAGUUCCGAAGAGAGCGAACCCAGUUCCAUACCCACAAUGCCGAGUAUAACCCCCACGAAAACUCCGAUAAAGUCCCAGAGCAUGUCUCAGAAGGGCGGGUCGAAGCGAAUCACGAUAGCAAUAAAGACCGUGUCGAAUCACUUCAAGAGAAAAACGAGUAUUCCCGUGACGACAUCUUCUGAGAGUUGGGAUUCGAACUCGGCAGACAGCGACACGGCUGAUGGGGUCACGAUCUACUUCAGCAGUGAUGGCCGUAAAGAUUACAAUAAACGUAUCUGCGUUAUCAGCGACGGAACCUUGAAGUUCUACGACGUGGAAGCGUCGUCCAGUCCCUCUUUGUGUCUCUGCUGCGAUGAUAUCACCCUCAUGCUCGCCAGGCGAGAUAUCUAUCCUUCAUCGAAAAGUAUACCGACUCUGUUCCUGGUGGAUAUUAGAGGAGGCAGCACGACGCGCUCACUGGGAUUCACAUCGGCGAUCGAGAGAGCAGAAUUCCUACGGCGGGUCAAUCAAUGGUUCAAUCCACAGAGUCUCAAACUUCAGGGAGAAGUUUGGGCAUCCGGUGUUCUCACCUGCAGAUCGUCAGCAUCCGGGGACUGGCAAAAUGUCAAAGCUGUGUUGCAUGGAAAGGAAUUCUCACCGUUCGUUCUCGGGAACGACAACGAGCCCGGUGUUCCCGGAAUCGACCUGAGGAAAGCAAUGCUCGUCGACUGGACCUCUAGUGAAGAGGGGCAGGAGAAAACUUUCCAUAUCGUACUUCCCUGUCGCACGAUCUACCUCCGUGGUCCAUCGACAAACGAAACCAAUGCCUGGUUCGAGCUUCUCUCGAAAACUCACAGCACAUAUCUGGAUAAAUCCCUCUUGAGCGAACAAUAUCUCAACAACGAUAAUGUUCCUCUGGCUAUCGAGAAAUGCGUGAACUUCGUGUCCGCCCACGGCUCUGACACGACUGGCGUCUAUCGUCUGGCGGGAUCCCAUGGCAAGAUCGAGCGUCUCGUCGAUUCUCUCAAGAAAAAUGCUUGGGACGUGCAUUUAGUGCCUGAAGCAUAUUCCACUCACGACGUCGCGAACGCACUGAAACGCUUCCUGAGAACUUUCGACGACUGUUUACUCACUCAACGACUCUACGAUCAGUGGAUGCAAUGCUCAAAAAUGGAAAGUCUCGACGAAAGAUUGCCGCGCCUCAAAGACCUCAUAUCGGAGCUGCCCCUCGUAGAACACUCCACUCUGCGGUUCCUCUGCUCGCAUCUCAAAGCUAUCGCCGACAGAUCGGAUAUAAACUGCAUGACCGUCGCGAAUCUGGCCGCGAUCUUCGGACCAACGAUCCUGUACAAGCAGUCAUGCCAAGCUUACCUCGAAAGAGAUCCGUCUCUGAGUCCGACCACGUCUAUGGCCGAAACCAACGCCGGUAUGGCCGUCGCAGCCGACCUCCUGGGCAACUUCUGUUUUCUGUUCGAUGUCUCGCAGGAGGUUGUUGAGAAAGAACGAGAGAUCCAGAAAUUGAUUGCGGAGAUGCGAGAAGCGCGCGUGGCUCAACGACCCGCGGGGGACAUCCUCGUUGGAGUUUACGUCUAUAACAAGGAAUGGGGUCGGUGCAUAAAUGUCAAACUCACUCCGACUAUGACAGCGGCGGAGCUCUGCAAACUCGUCCGCAGUCAACUCAAGCUCGUCGAUUCUGUCUCGAGUCUCGCUGUGUUCGAAGUCAUCUGCGAUUCGCAGCUCGAACGACCUCUUCAUUUCACGGAGUCGGUGUUCGUGGCUGUUCUCCAAUGGACCGGUUGGGACCCAGCUUUUGCAAAGGAGAACUACCUCCUUGUCAAGCGCAACUUCGUAUACGAGGACGUCGUCAACUUCCUCAACAUGAAGGAACCUCUUUCAAACUUCUCUGAGGUGAAAUUCGCCGAAGCUUCCACGAAGUCCUUCAAAAAGGUCUCCAUGGAAUUCGCCAAAUCGGCAGUCCAACUCGUCAAGGACCGCAAGGAGAAAGACAGAGAAAAAACGGUUCUGAAAGAAUGGCGCGUCGAGGACAUCUCUGUGUACGUAGGCCGUGAGACGAAUCGGAAAGCUCCCGCGGAACUCUGUCUCGCUUUCGUCCCGAGAAACGAAGACGUCCGCAAGUGA